AUGCUCCAAGUGGCGGCUUUGGCCUCGGGUUGGCAAGGUAAAGUUUUGGAAGUAGAAAGUGUUGGGGCAGCAAAAAAAUGCUUGCGGGCCUUACAAAAUGGAACCGUUACCGCUUUUGGUGGCAGGUUUCGUGGAAUUAGUUAUGACAAAAAUGCGGAGCGGAUGAUUAAGCAAGCCCAAAGGUCGCUAAAAGAAGCAAUUAAGAAGCAUGAGAAAGGAGAAAAUGUUGAUAUUAAAGAAGUUGCUAUCGUGCCUGCUUCUUAUUAUCCCCCUCAUACUCUCCGCCGCUGUUUUGCUACUUAUAACCUUCUAGCCGGCAUGCCCCUCAAUAUUUUACAAAAAGUUUUAGGACACAGUCGGGUUUCUACCACCUCUCUCUAUAUUAAAGAUAGCGAUUUAGCGAAUCUAUUAAAGGAAAUUAAGGCUAUGUUUAUCGGAACCAGUGAAAAAUUGAAGCAGAAAAUCCGAGAAUUUAACGCCAAUUCGGAAUUAAAACGAAAAUUGGGAGAAAUCAUUUCGCAACGAAGAACAGCAGAGGAUAAUAUUUCUUCCUCUCCGACCAUUAUUGAGGUUCGAUUAACACUUGACCCUCAACAAAACAAAGCGAGUUAUGGUCCUCUUAAUUAUGCCACCCGCCGUUCGGCCCGGGAAGAAAUAAGAAAUAAAAUAAGGGAAGCCAACAUGGAUUUGGCGGAAGUUUUCGCAGCCGGAGGAGAAUAUUUUGAUUUACAACCUUCUUAUUACCAUAUAGACCUCUGCCUAGACCGGGAAGAGAAAAUUAGGGAAUUCAAAAACGAAAUCAUGAAUAUUGUGGAAAGAAGUGUCGGACAAUUUAACCAACGCCGUCAGCAAGUCAUCGAUCAAGCCAAGCAAGAAGCCCAAAAUAAAGGAGUGCAGUUGAACGACUUACAGAGACGGCUGAAUGAUCUAAUUCGGGACCUUACUAAUAUUGGAGAACAAGCCCGCCAAGAGAGGGAAAGAAUGACCCAAGAAGAAGCCCAAGCCCAGCAAGACCAAGCCCAAAGAGAAAGGGAAGAACAAGAGAGGAGAGAAAGAGAACGCGAAGAAAGAGACCGGCAACGAGAAGAAGAACUGCAGAGCGAACAGGAGGAAAGGAGCCGAGAAACAGAAGACAAUUUUAAGUUUAAAGAUGCUGAAAUCGCUCGAGAAAAAGAAGCACUAGAGCAAAAACUAGACGACUUGAAAAAGAAAUUGGACCAGCCAGAGAACCAAGACCAGACCGAUAAUUCUGAUUAUGAAAAUGAGAAAAAAGAUUUAGAAAAGAAAUUUGAUCCAUCUCCUAAUGACAGGGACAACAAUCCACCUCCUCCGCCAAGCGAAGAACCAAAAAUUUCUACUAAAAAGGCAGAAAGCAAACUUAAUUGA